AUGCCGCCGCUGAUCGACAGCCCUCAGAUCAAGCAGGCCGAGCUGCUGCGCCCGCUACCCUUUCACAUCCACGCCUACGUCUGGCCCUUUGCCAUCAUCUGGCCCAUCUUCCUGCGAUACUACCUGACUCCUGAUCUGUACGAGAAAUACAUUGGUGCGCCGGAAUGGACUUUCGUUUGGUGUGGCACCAUCAUCACUCUACAGUCGCUUGUCUGGCUUAGCACACACUGGAGUGUUGCCUUGGAGGCUCGCUUCAAGGCUACCAGGGUCGACGCUGUUGAAGACGCCCAGCUAAUCAAGGUUCUGCCCAUUGCCAACGCAGGCUCUGGCGAGAUUUGCAAACUUGUUGGUGGCAAGCUCAUCACCUCGUUCCUGUUUCAGAAGCGCCGUUUCCUCUACAACCCCGAAACAAAGUCCUUCUCUACGCUCCAAUAUGACAUCGACUCCGAGCCCAAGCCAACCAUCGGUCACUUCCAGUCCUUCAGGGGUCUUGAGAAGCAGUCUGAACUCACCCGGGUCGAACAGCACUACGGUACCAACACUUUCGACAUUCCCGUUCCCACCUUUACCGAGCUCUUCAAGGAGCACGCCGUUGCUCCAUUCUUCGUUUUCCAGAUCUUCUGCGUCGGUCUUUGGUUGCUCGAUGAAUAUUGGUACUAUUCACUCUUCACGCUGUUCAUGCUUGUGGCUUUCGAAAGCACCGUCGUUUGGCAGCGUCAGCGCACUCUCAACGAGUUCCGUGGUAUGAGCAUUAAACCCUAUGACAUCUGGGUGUUCCGUCUUGGGAAAUGGACCGAGAUUCAGACAGACGCUCUUUUGCCCGGCGACCUCGUCUCAGUCGACCGAACCAAAGAAGACAGUGGUGUGGCUUGUGACAUGCUGUUGGUUGAGGGAACAGCCAUCGUCAACGAGGCUAUGCUUUCUGGAGAAAGCACGCCUCUCCUCAAGGACUCUAUCCAGCUGCGUCCGUCUGACGCUGUGCUGGACCCUGAAGGACUAGACAAGAACGCCUUCCUUUGGGGUGGCACCAAGGUCCUUCAAGUUACACACGGCAACCCUGAGCAAGAGAAGCCAAAACUAUCGUCUCACGUUCCAACACCUCCUAACAACGGCGCCAUGGCUAUUGUUACCAAGACUGGAUUCGAGACCUCUCAGGGCAGUCUUGUUCGCACCAUGAUUUACUCCACCGAACGCGUUUCAGCCAAUAACUUUGAGGCCCUUCUAUUCAUCUUGUUCCUCCUAAUCUUCGCAAUCGCCGCCUCUUGGUAUGUUUGGGAUGAGGGUGUCCGCAAAGACCGCAAACGAUCCAAACUUCUGCUCGACUGCAUUUUGAUUGUCACCAGUGUCGUUCCCCCGGAAUUGCCCAUGGAGCUCAGUCUUGCCGUCAAUACUAGUCUGGCCGCACUUUCCAAGUUGGCUAUUUUCUGUACCGAGCCCUUCCGAAUUCCUUAUGGUGGCCGUAUUGACGUUGCUUGCUUCGACAAGACUGGUACCCUCACCGGCGAAGAUCUGGUUGUCGAAGGUAUUGCUGGACUUGGCCUGGCCGACUCAAAUAUUGUUGAUACAAAGGAAGCCGAUGGAGCUCACUCCACCAUGGUGCGUGUGACCGAGGCCAGUAUUGAGACUCAACUCGUCCUCGCCACUGCCCAUGCUCUUGUUAAGCUUGAUGAGGGUGAUGUUGUUGGUGAUCCCAUGGAGAAAGCUACCCUGACGUCUCUUGGCUGGGGUCUUGGUCGUAACGACAUCUUGGCUAGCAAGAACAAGAAUAGUGGUGCCCAGGGAACCGUACAGAUCAAGCGCCGCUUCCAGUUCUCCUCCGCUCUAAAACGUCAGAGCUCGGUCGCCAUGGUAAAUGGGGUCUCCAAGACUGGCAAGAAGGUGAAGGGCACUUUUGUUGGUGUCAAGGGUGCUCCCGAGACUAUCAUGAAAAUGCUGGUGAAUGUGCCCACCGACUACGAGGAGACCUAUAAGUACUUCACCCGCAAAGGAUCUCGCGUUCUGGCUUUGGCAUAUAAACAGCUCACUGUCGAUUCUGAGCUCGGUUCCGGCAAGAUCAACGACUUAAAGCGUGAAAAAGUAGAGGCUGAUCUCACUUUUGCCGGCUUUUUAGUAUUACACUGCCCAUUGAAGGAGGACGCCAAGGGGGCCGUCCAGAUGCUUAAUGAGAGUAGCCACCGCGUCGUCAUGAUUACGGGAGAUAACCCCUUGACUGCCGUCCAUGUUGCUCGCGAGGUCGAAAUCGUUGAUCGAGACGUCUUGAUUCUGGAUGCACCUGAGGACAAUGUUGACGGAAAGAAGUUGGUCUGGAAGAGCGUUGAUGACAAAAUUAGCAUUCCUGUGGAUGCAACUAAGCCCAUUGACGCUGAAAUUCUCAAGACAAAGGAUCUUUGCGUUACUGGAUAUGCCUUGGCUCAGUUCAAGGACGAAGCCGGCUGGAACUCGUUGCUCCGCCAUACUUGGGUUUAUGCCCGAGUCUCCCCUAAGCAGAAGGAAGACAUUCUCCUUGGGCUCAAGGACAUGGGCUACUACACUCUCAUGGCUGGUGAUGGCACCAACGAUGUCGGUGCUCUCAAACAGGCACACAUUGGCGUUGCCCUCCUCAACGGUACCAAGGAGGACUUGACUCGCAUUGCUGAACACUCGAGAAACACCAAAAUGAAGGAAGUCUACCAGAAGCAGUGUGAUUUAAUGAAGCGAUUCAACCAGCCCGCACCCCCUGUUCCUCUCAUGAUUGCCCACCUAUAUCCUCCUGGCCCCAGCAACCCCAACUACAUGAAGGCGGCUGAGCGUGAGGCUAAGAAUAAGAAUAUGACAAUCGAAGACUACAUCAAGGUACAGGGUCAUCCUACCGAGACUAUUGUCUCGCCUGGGGCACAAAGCUUGGCAAAUGCCCAAGGUGCUCGACAGGCCGAAGUUCAGAAGAAGGCCGCUGGAUUCGCCGACAAGCUUGCAUCUGGCAUGCUUGAAGCAGAGAUGGGUGAUGACGAACCACCCACACUUAAGCUUGGUGAUGCAUCUGUCGCUGCUCCUUUCACUUCUAAGCUCAGAGACGUCAUUGCCAUUCCCAACAUCAUCCGCCAAGGCCGGUGCACUCUCGUUGCCACCAUUCAGAUGUACAAGAUUCUCGCCCUCAACUGCCUGAUUAGCGCCUACUCCCUCUCCGUCCUGUACCUGGAGGGGAUCAAAUUUGGUGAUACUCAGUACACAAUCAGUGGCAUGCUCAUGUCUGUCUGCUUCCUCAGCAUUUCCCGCGCCAAGGUUGUCGAGGGUCUAAGCAAGGAAAGACCUCAGCCCAACAUCUUCAACAUUUACAUCAUUGGUUCCAUCCUCGGACAAUUCGCCAUCCACAUCGUAACUCUCAUCUACGUUGCCCGACUAUGCGAGAAGAUUGAGCCACGCUCCGGCGUUGUCGAUCUCGAGGCAGAAUUUGAGCCAUCCCUGCUCAACUCCGCCAUCUACCUCCUCCAGCUUAUCCAGCAAGUGUCCACUUUUGCAAUCAAUUACCAGGGCCGCCCCUUCCGAGAAUCCCUCUCCGAGAACAAAGCCAUGUUCUACGGCAUCCUCGGCGUAUCCGGUCUCGCCUUCGUCUGCGCCCUGGAAGUGAUGCCCGAAAUUAAUGAGCAAAUGAGACUCGUCAAGUUUACUGAAGAAUUCAAGAUCAAAAUGGCCGUCGUCAUGGCGCUCGAUUACGUCCUUUGCUUCAUCAUUGAGAAGGGCCUCAAGGCCGGGUUCAGCGACUACCACGCUCGUGAUAUCGCUGAGCGUCGGCCCGAGCAGCUCGAGCGCGAGAAUGCCCGUAAGAAGAUUGAGGCGGAGAAGAAGGCGGCUGACGAGGAGGCCAAGAGGAUGGAGAAGGUGGCUGAGUUCGAGAGACAAGUUGCGGAGAGGAGGAGGAAGUUGGAGGAGUGGCGAGCGGGGCGUCGUGCUCAGUAG